AGAAAGAGAGAGAGAGAGAGAGAGAGAGAGAGAGAGACUGCAGCAUCACUUGAGACCGGCAGCAGCAGUCCCAAGCAGUGCAGGUGAGAAGAAAAAAGCAAGAGGGGUAGGAGGAGGAGGCGCAUGUGGAGGAAAGAGAGAGAGAGACAGAAUGCGGGACUCUUGGAAAAAGACGCAUCUACACUCGGUCCAUCACCGAGACCUCCAUCCCGAACACAGGCUACAUACGCUGAACUGAUGAUGAUAUUGGAAUCUCAAUUUUAGACCAUCAGGAGAAGCCCUAAUUUUCCGUUUCAUACGAAGAAGACAAAUAUUGUGAGAAACUCGCUCUCAUAACUUGCGUGGAGGAAUCUGACGGCUUGGCACGUUGCUCCACUGCGGGAAAAAGAGGACAACGCAGCUGGAUCUUAAGGUAAGAAAAGAUCCAGUAGCAGCACCUCAAAUACUUUUUUUCAAACAGAUUUUCAGUCCUCUGCUGGGGAUGUUGAGUUAAUUUUCACUCGGCGUCCGGAGAGCUGUGCGGUGUUUUUUUCUUCUUCUUCCUUUUGUGUGGUGCUGCAUUGCAGUUUCUAACUGUGAAAAACGCGAGAAAAGCCGCUGUCCCAAAUGUGACUGGAAUAAAAACAACUCACAAAUGACAAUAUGUACUGAUGCGCGUCCUCGUGUGACAGUGGGAUAGCUCUCCGGUUUACGAGAAAGAAAGAGUGAAGAGGAUUAAUCAAAGGCUGAUGAACGAGUUGUUUGUUUUUUCGCAGCAUGAUGGAUCUUUUGAUAUCUUUUAUGACGUCAACAGCCCAGCAAGACAACGAAAUUGUUAUUAUAGAAGUUAAAAAAAGCACCGCUCAGUAGCCUAAAAUAGAAGAAUAAAGAAAGCCUGCACCGCUGAAGUGAACUACGGUGAGAGUGUGGAAGCUUUUCGCCGGACCUCAGGCGCCAGUCCGCAGAGAGCGAUAGCGAGAAAGUAAGAAAGGUCUACAUAAAACACCCACGCUGUGAGUUACACCAGACCACAAAACACCAAUAAAGAAGAGACAAGCCACAGCUCAGAGGCAGGCAACGGUAAGGAGAGAGGCGAGAGGAAGAAGGAGCCAUGCAGAGGCUUGGUGCAGUGCACUCCUCCGCGGCGCAGGCUCUCAGCCUCGUGGUCUUAGUGCUGCAGCUGCUGACUCAGCUACCGGGUGCCGACUCAGCUCUCCGGUACCGGGUGGCGGAGGAGGGCCCACCUGACGUCAAGAUUGGCAACGUGGCCGCCGACCUGGGCCUCACAGCAGGUACAGGCAGCGGGGAUGUCACCUUCGCCCUGGAGAGUGGCUCUGAGUUCUUCAAGAUUGACAAUGUGACAGGUGAGCUGACAACAGGCCCAAGGCGCAUUGACAGAGAGAAGCUCCCGCAGUGCCAGAUGAUAUUUGAUGAAAAUGAGUGUUUCUUGGACUUUGAGGUGUCAGUGAUUGGACCACUGCAGAGCUGGGUAGACCUGUUUGAAGGCCGUGUGGUCAUAACAGAUAUCAAUGACAACACACCUUCCUUCCCCUCACCUGUGCUCCAGCUCUCAGUUGAGGAGAAUCGCCCAAUAGGAACCCUUUACCUGCUGCCAACAGCAACAGAUAGGGAUUUUGGGCGAAAUGGCAUUGACCGCUAUGAGCUGAUCCAAGAUGGUGCCUCUGGGUCAAGUUCAACAAGACGCACAGCAGGAGGAAACCCCAUUGCUAGAGCGGAUGGACUUGGGGACCGGAGGGGUAGAAGUGGAGAUAUUGGAGGAGGACCCAGGAGCACUGUGUUCGAACUACAAGUUGCAGAUAUACCAGAUGGUGAAAAACAACCACAGCUCAUUGUGAAAGGCACAUUGGAUCGUGAGCUAAAAGAUUCAUAUGAACUCGUCCUCAGGGUUCGAGAUGGGGGAACCCCCCCCCGUUCCUCCCAGGCCCUGCUUCGUGUUUCCAUAACUGAUGUGAAUGACAACAGCCCACAGUUUGAGAGGUCCACGUAUGAGGCAGAAAUGGCAGAAAAUGCUCCUCCAGGUACACCUGUCCUCCAGGUCAGAGCUUCAGACCGUGAUAUUGGAGUCAACGGGCAGGUGGAGUAUGUCUUUGGCGCAGCCACGGAGUCCGUCAGGCGGCUUUUGCGGCUGGACGAGGCAACUGGAUGGCUGAGCGUCCUUCACAGGAUAGACAGGGAAGAUGUAGCGCAGCUGAGGUUCACAGUAACAGCCAGAGACCGGGGUCAACCACCCCGCACUGACCGCACCACUGUGAUUUUGGCUGUCCGGGAUGAAAAUGACAAUGUGCCAGUCGUAGAGAUCCGAAAGAUUGGGCGGAUCCCUGUUCGAGAUGGAGCAGCGUUAGUACCAGAGAACGUACUGGUGGACACACCAGUAGCUCUGGUACAGGUGUCCGACCGAGACCAGGGAGAGAAUGGGGCUGUGACGUGUACAGUUGUUGGAGACGUCCCAUUCACAUUGAAGCCUGCUGGUGAAACAGUGCUCCCACCCCUACCUGCAGAUGAAGCCUUUGACAGGAAUAAGAAAAAAUACUUCUUACAUACUUCUGCCUUGCUGGACUACGAGGCCACCAAAGAGUACAGUGUGACCAUUGUGGCAGUAGAUUCUGGCAGCCCCAGUCUGUCCAGCAACAGCUCACUAAUGGUACGAGUGGUAGAUAUCAACGACCACGCCCCAACCUUUGCCCAGAGCGUUGUGGAGGUCCACUUUGCUGAGAACAAUUCACCUGGUGAAAGGGUAGUCACUGUGGUAGCCACAGACGCAGACAGCGGCAAGAAUGCAGAGAUUGCAUACUCCCUGGACCCUGCGGGUAACGGGCCAUUUUACAUAGAUGCAGAUAAUGGAGACAUCCGUGCUACUGGGGUUCUGGACCGUGAGCAGCGCGAGAGGUAUGAACUCCGGAUCAUUGCCAAGGACAAGGGUACACCUUCUCUACAAGGCUCUGCCACUGUUGUCGUCCAGGUGACCGACCGCAAUGACAAUGCGCCAAAGUUUGUUCAGGAAAUCUUUACAUUCUACGUGAAAGAGAACCUGCUUGCCAACAGCCCAGUUGGCAUGGUCACCGUGACUGAUGCUGACGAAGGCGAGAACGCAGAACUUAGUCUGUUUGUAGAGAUGGAUGGAGUUGAUGAGAAGAAGGCGGUAGUGAAGGCGGAAGGAGAAGAUGGCGAGAAAGAGCAAGAAGAGAUGUUUUCCAUCGAGAACAACACAGGGACUAUCUUCUCUUCUGCAUCGUUUGACCGUGAAAAGCUUUCCACCUACACCUUCCGUGUCCGGGCUGUGGAUGGAGGGGAGCCCCGCAAAACUGCCACUGCCACCGUCUCGCUCAUUGUGACGGAUGAAAAUGACAACGCCCCCUCAAUCACCUCUCCAACCAAUGAGUCUUACACCCUCCUUCCACCUGCAAGCAGUGCCCGCACAAUUGUCAGGACUGUAACAGCCUUAGACUCAGACACUGGCCCAAAUGCAGACCUUCACUAUGCUCUAGUGGGGGGAAAUCCCUUCAGGCUGUUUGAAAUUGGCCACACCAAUGGAGUAAUCACCCUGGCAGAACCUCUGGAGCGGCGCCAUAGAGGUCUGCAUCGCCUGGUGGUCCGGGUCAAUGAUAGUGGGGCCCCCUCUCUCUGUGCCACCGCCCUGGUUCAUGUCUUCAUCAACGAGAGCUUGACCAACGCCACUCUAGUGGAUGCACAGGUGGCCCGAAGUCUGAUGGCUCCACUGUCACUGGACAUUGCAGGGGACCCAGACAGCGAGCGUGCAUUAGGGAAACAGCGCCUCAGCGUAGCUAUUGGUGUCCUGGCAGGAGCUGCGGCGGUCAUCCUUGUUAUCCUCCUUGUGGUCACAGCUCGGCAGUGUGGGGCUCAGGGCAAGAAUGGCUACGAGGCCGGAAAGAAGGAGCCAGAGGAGGACUUCUUCAGUCCUCCAGGUGCCCAACCACAAGCCGGCUGCAGCAGAGGAUCAGACCGUGGACGCAAACCUCGACGGGACAAACGCAAUGGAAGUGGCAUUGGUGCAGCUGCAGGAGGAGGGAAGGCGGACAGAUCCCUCUACAGCGGUAUUGUCACAGUCAAUGGGCUGCGUCGCCAUGCCAAUGACGACGAUGAGGAGGAUUUGAGCAGUGCUAGUGAGCGCCUGGCAGCCCGCUACUGUGCUAUGGACGGUGACCCGGGCAGCCCACGGAUGGGUGGCGGCAGGAGGCACCAGUCAAGCCCAGACCUGGCCAGGCACUACAAAUCCAGCUCACCUCUCCCCGCUGUGAAUCUGCAGCCCCACUCUCCCCCAGCUGAAGGAAAGAAACACCAGGCGGUCCAGGACCUGCCUCCCUCCAACACCUUUGUGGGUAGUGGGGGUUGUGUGGGGAGUGCCGGCUCCAGCAGUAGCAGUAGCGGGGGCAGUGGCAAUGCAGAUGCCAUGUCCCUGGGAUCUGACCAGUGCUCAGAGUAUGGCUGCCAGACUGGGAACAAGUACAGCAAACAGGGGACCCUUCGCCGGGUGACCUUCUCUGUAGUCAGCCAACCCCAGGAUGGCGGUUGCUAUGACAGUGGCCUGGAAGACUCGGAGACACCAAGCAGCAAGAGUUCAUCAGGGCCGCGGCUGGGAGCCCUGCCACUGCCUGAGGAAGGCUACGAGCGGACCACACCAGAGGGCAGUGUGGGAGAGGAGGAGCAUGUGGAGAAUGAUGCCAGACAGCUGCCAGACGUAGCUCUGACAGGAAAGUGUACCAGAGAGUGUGAUGAGUUUGGCCACUCUGACACUUGUUGGAUGCCCGUCCGCCCUUCGCCUCGCCAGCGCCACGGCAGCGACCCCCCACGGCUCUCUACCUUCGCCCCCGGAGAUGAUAACAACAAUCUCCGUGGUAACGACCAUGAGAGUGACAGCGAGAGCGCCGGCAGUGCAGCUAGCUCAGAAGCCGGGGUGGUUGACGGCGGAGAAGGUCAGCGAUUACCCUUAGCCAAUGGGGAUCCUCUCGGCACCCUGGGAAGUGGAGACCGCAAUAGAAACAUGGGCGAUCAUAACCGUAACCUUCUGAACCGCAAGAUGACUUCGGCAUCAUAUGACACAUUUAGCAGCGCAGGCUUCGGGAGGCGCCAGCAAGAGGAGGAGGGAGGAGAAGGCAAGAACCCACCUGAAGUCAUACCACUGACGCGGACAGGAGGGGACUACAAGACCACGUCCUGCCUCACGUUGUCACGCCGAGAGGUUUACCUGUGAUAGCUUUGCAACAGAGCAAUCAUCAACACAUCACACCCUUUUCUAACAAAAAGCAGGGAGCGUUAAGACUAUACUGGCAAGUCAGUUUAGAAGGCCUUUGAAACCCGUGAACAUGUGAAAAUUUGAGAAAAGAUUGGAUUGGAUUCUGACUAUUAUUUAUAGGCACCUAAACUUAGAAAGUGAUGGGUCCCCUUAUCAGAGAGCUCAGACUAGGAGUAGCCUACUUUAAAAAAAAAUAAAAAAUAAAAACCUGUUUUUUAACUAUCAUUGAAAGUUGCCUACAGGCAGAGAUCCGUCUAUGUGGAAGAGGACAACUUCAUCUCUUCAUCUUUCUACCUGAAUCCAAUGCAUGCCUGAUCCUCUAACAAAGAGGGGUCUGUUUGAAGAAGAGAGACAUUGAGACUGAGUAAAUCCUGAUGCUGUAAAUGCCUCAAUGCAUAUACAACCUUUUACCGAGGCUACAGCAGUCAAGAUUUGGACUCAACUGGUGAACCAUCUGCUGAAAAACCAUAAAGGUCUUAUCCAGUUCAAACAGAUGAAAAGAAGUAACGGGUCUUUGAUUGAGUUAUUUGGAUCUAAUUCAAACCAAUCAAACUUUCUAAUGCCUAAUUAACUUUAUUGUAACACAAGACAGGGAUAUCAACUAAUCAAACUGCUAAUCCCGUGAUAAUCUUAACAAGUCAUAAACAGAGUAUCAAAGUACUGACAAAAGUGUGGUCACUGUACAGUAACACGGUAGAAAAAUGUGCUGAUCUCCAAAAUCAGGUAUCUUUGAAAACAAAUGAUUCAGAAUAAACUGCAACAAUGGAAAAAUACUUUUUUUACAGUAAUCAAAUGUAACCAUACAAGGUUCUCAGAGUGUCAGUAGUGCCACAGAAUUCCAGCGUAUGUGAAAAUAUGUUCAUUAUUUUGCCUUCGCACUCAGUCUGUAUGUAUAUAUUGUGUGUGUGUAUUUGAUAUGGCAGCAGUUGUAUCUCUCUGCUGCUGUCCGCCGUUUCAGAGUUUACAGAGGUGCUGAGUUCCCAACACACCUACUGUAUCCUAACAGUGUUCAUGUAUCAUAAAUGUUCUUUCGCACACACACAUACACACAUACACAUGCAAGCAUGCACGCACUUACACACACAGACCUAAGCAUGCAAACACAAACUCAUACAGUGCAUUUACAGAAUGUGAACAUGCAUAGGGCCACCGUUUAUGACAUGAUUCAGUGGCCGUGUAACAUGAGGUAUAUAAUAACUUGCAUUAAUUUUCAUACAAAAAACAAACACACACACGCGCACACACACACAGCAUAUUAAAAUAUAAGUAGAAACACAAACCCAUGUUAAGAUACGCGCAAUUCAUAUGCACUAUGUGUGUAUGUGCAUUUAUUCAUCAUUUUUUAACAUAUUGCCUUUCAUUGAACUAGCUGUAGCAUUUGCCUGCUCCCCCCAGCGAGUAUUUAAACAUGAAAUGUAUUUAAAUAAUUACUCAUCUCUCUCUGAUGUGUGGGGCUACAUUAAAGGGAAUUUCAAACACGUCAUCUGCUGUAUGUAAUGAUAGACAAUGUGGGAAUAUAAGAUAUUCUGCAUACUGUAAGUAGGACUCAUAGAAAAACCAAAAUUCUGUAAGAAAAAAGGAAAAGAAAAAAGGACUAUGCAUGAAAGAAAGAUAAUGCCAACUUUGUUUCUCUCUUUUUUAAACCUCACGCCUUUUUGGACACCACGCCUAUUUAGAUACAUCUGUAUUAUAUGUGUGUGCUUAUGGAGAAAUGGAGAUAAUGAUGGCAGCAAGGGAGUUAGCUUCAGUGGACAAAAUUGUUCCCACUUUAUGAUGGAGUGAGUUUGGAGUAUCCUUGGGCCUUUCUCUCAAUUUCCACAGCCCAAAGUGGGCACAAAAGGUGCUGCAGGCUGUAACAAAAAAGAACACAAUGUAGUGGGAGCGCAGAGUUCUGCUGCACCCUUUUCACCACACAGUGCCGACCUGAACACGCCCAUACUGCUGUGCUGAACUGCACAGAUAACAAACUCCUUCACAUUCGUCCUUCCCAGCAGCAACUGCACGACUCCAGACACACUCUGCUGCACUGGGUUGAAGAGUGGGUGUGGAUCGGGGCCAGCACAUCUUAAUUCCCAUCAUCAGUGUGUGGUUCAGUGGUGUGAUAGGGAUAAUAGGGUUAGAUCGUCCCUGUGGUCUUAAUGAGUUUCUUUUCUCCUCUCUUCUCCUCCCUUGAUCUGCACUGAUCUCAUUAAUGUCUGGAUUGGCAAAUGUAACACUGUUGGAAAUUGCCAGUAAGUGUGUCUCUUCAUUUUUCUGGUUGUUUUGGAUCAAAUGAGGCAGAGGGGGCAUGCUUGUUAAAGGAGGUGCUACAGUUUAGUCCAUAGUUUGUUGUAGAAUAUAGACUUAGUCACAAAAGAGAGCAAGACUCAGGUAAGAUGUGCGACAAUGUUCUUGUUCACUAACUACUUGUGGUUUUUGCCACACAUUGUUGCGGCUUGACUGUGCCCUCACUGAAAGGAAACUGGAUGUGUGAAAACAGUAAACUAGUGAGUCCUGUACAUUAAUUUUACAUUGGUAAUUGUCCUGAGAAAGGAGUGUGCUUCAUGUGUGAUUACACUUUGUAUACCUGUAUAUACCUACAACUCUGUGACCGACUCCCUUUAGCUUGUUUUAGGCCACUGAUGUACUUAACUCCCUAAGCCUUCAUUACCCCCAAAUCCCCAACAUGGCUGUUUACUGAGCUCUGUUAUUGAUGGACUGCGCUGAGGAUGAAACAAAACUAAAGGCCUGAUGCAUUGAGUUAAUUGAAAAGGGAUUGAUGAAAACAAUCACAACAUCCUGCAGGGUACAGACCCCGAGAGACGGAAGGACACAUGCUCUUUCUCUGGGAGAAAUAGUUGAGAUAAGUGUGUCUCCAUCCCUUGGAGGCCGGAAAGGUCUUGAAGAACUAACGUCCAGUUUGUGAGCUUUGGAAAGAGACUCUUGACACAGCCCUGCCUCUUCAAAGUGGCAGAUAUUUCUUCAAACUGCUGUUUUAUGGCAGUUUCAUUAUGGCACCUUUCAAACGUCUCCAACCAGAUUUAAGGGAACUUGCUGUACAUGAAUCUGUGUGGGUGUGUAUCUUUUUUUAUACUGCACGUUUAAACAUGAAUAUCUUUCAGUCUACUGCAAAACAGAGAGGGGAGACAGACAGAAGAGUGUAGAGAGAAGAGUCCAUUGCCCACUCAUCGAGACACUUCCGUGCACAUCAUGUACCUGUCAUCCCCCUCGUGCUUUUAACCUUAUAGCCAUGUACAGAUAAAACUACACUGUAGAACAGACAACUGGAAACCAUAACAGACAAUGGCAUGCCUAAGGUCUUCAAAUCUGCACUUGAGAAGAAAAAAAAAAAGAAAAAAAAUGUUAUUUUUAUUUUCAUCUUCUUUGUUUUCUUUUCUUAUGGGGCUGGCUCUGUUUUUUUUGCUGCUCCCUUCCUGUAAUUACAUAAUGAACUAAUUGCAUUUGCUAUACUGAGGAAGAAGGAGCGGUUGACGAAUGGUUUGGUAUGAAGAUGAAUCAUGUAAAAGUUUGACUUUGACAUUAAAACUUCAAACACU